UUAGUACCGCCGGAAUUUAGCUUUACGGAAGCAAUAGUAAAAAUUAGUUGCCGCACAUCUUGGGCAGGUUUGCGCAUGGAUGGGUCUAAAUGUUGUUUCUAGUAUAUGAGACAUUUUUUCAAGAUAUCCAAUACUUUUCAGUUGCGCAAGAUUUGCUGGUAUCAAAGCCUUAAUUAUCGCAUUAGAGAGCAAGCGGCCCAAGUGGGACACGGACUUCUUUUGCAGCUUCCAUCAGCUGCGUACUAUAUCAUGAUAUUCCACCGUGGUACUCCAUCACUCUGCUUUAAAAUUUGGCUUAAAGUCCGAAUAAAUAAUUCACGUAGGCCCGUGCAGACCAAGACGUGAAUACCUUUUGGAUUACAAAGUGUAUGGCUUAACCCGAG